AGGAGAGACAACUCAAACGACGGAGAAGAGUUUGGUGUUUAUUCUCCGUUCAGAGAGGACGAACCGGUCCGCAGCCUUUUCAAAAUGUCGGAUUUUGAUAACAACCCGUUCGCGGAGCCCGCCGGCAACAACCCUUUCAAUGACCCGUCGGUCACACAGGUGACGAGCUCCAGCGUGGAGCCGGUGGACCAGUACAACCCGUUCCCGGCGCAUCCCAAAGACAGCCUGGCUGCUCACACCACUCCAGCCUCCACCUCCCUCUACCAGCCGGCUGUGUUAGAGCCCAGUCCACAGGCGACUGCCAUUGCAGCUCAGGCCAAUCUGCUGAAGCAGCAGGAGGAGCUGGAGAGGAAAGCUGCCCAGCUCGACCGCAGAGAGCAGGAGCUCCAGAGCAUGGGCCCGUCAGGUAAACAGAACAACUGGCCUCCGCUUCCCAAGCGCUUCCCCAUCAAACCGUGUUUCUACCAGGACUUCUCGGAGGAAAUCCCCCCCGAGUCCCAGAGGGUCUGCAGGAUGAUCUACUACCUCUGGAUGUUCAACUGUAUGACCUUGUUCCUCAACCUGCUGGCGUGUUUGGCUUACUUCACCACCAACGCGUCCUACGGCGUGGACUUUGGCCUCUCCAUCCUGUGGCUCAUCCUCUUCGCUCCCUGCUCCUUCCUCUGCUGGUACCGGCCCGUCUACAAGGCCUUCAAGUCCGACAGCUCCUUCAGCUUCUUCUUCUUCUUCAUGGUGUUUUUCUGCCAAGUGGUGAUCUUCAUCAUCCAAGCCGUGGGCAUCCCCAAGUGGGGGAACAGCGGUUGGAUCGCCGCCUUCACCAUCAUCGGCACGAACAAGCCGGUGGGCGCCAUCAUGAUCAUCGUGGCCAUCCUCUUCACCAUCUGCGCCGUGCUGUCGAUCAUCCUGCUCAAGAUGGUCCACAGCAUGUACCGCCGGACCGGGGCCAGUUUCCAGAAGGCCCAGCAGGAGUUCUCUCAGGGCGUCUUCACCAACAAGAGCUUCCAAACGGCCGCUGCCGGCGCGGCGUCCUCCGCGGCGCAGGGAGCCUUCAGGGCGCCGUAACCGUCGGGAGACCGAGCCGCGGUCCGCGUGUCGUCGGGUCGGGACCACGGAGGACCGGGAGGGGCGGUCGUCACGGAGUCCCGGAGAAACGCAACGCGUUCCCCACUGGCUCCGUGACGACCGCCCUCCUGUCUUCUGAAGCCACAGGCGGCACGUUCUUAAUCUGGCCGCCUAAUGUCUCGACCUUGAGCUCAGGUGAGGUCACAUGGUCAGCCUCCCUCCUAUCAAUGAUUCCCCCCCCAAAUGUUCACUUUGCUUCUCGUGGAGAGCAGUCGAGGGAAAGUCACGCAGCGGUGCGUUCUGCGGUGGAAAGCAUGAAUGAAGUUCACAAUCCCGGCUUUGUAUAUUUUGUGUGCAAAGCCCUAUGAGUGUGUGUGUGUGUGUGUGUGUGUGUUUGUGUUGGCAUGCUGAUCACAUGUCUUCAUGUGGGUGUAGUAUGCUUUUGUUUCCCUCAUCCUGUAAUAUAAACGAGACGAAGUGUUUCUGAAUCUUUUUUUUUUUUCUGCCGUAAAAGUUAUUAUUUUUUAUUAUUAUUGUUGAACCUUUUUUUUUUUUUGGCCCAAAAAUAAAAAAUCGGUUUCAUAAGAGAGAAAAUGAACAGACGAAUCACGCAACUCUUUGCAAUCUGUCAGCCAAACUAUGACUGUAUUUUACAUUUAAAUCUGUUUGGUUCAAUCAGGACAGAGACUCAGACUCCGCCCCCUCCCCCACGCGCUGAGAUUGCACUAUGUUUUAAAAACGUGCCUUUUGACUAGCCUGUAACUUUUGCCAAGAUCUUUGUAAAAAAACAACUGUUUUUUGGUAUUUGUGGUCACGUGGUCACACAGAGGAAAUCGGAGUGCGUUCGCCUCUAUUCAUUUCCACUCCAACUUAAAACACAGAGAAGAUAAUUUUAUUUCACUUACGGCCAAAUUACUUAUUUAAAGCAUCCCCAUUUUUUUUUUUCUCAUCAUACUUUGCUUACACUUUCCGGAGUCGUUUCCGAGGAAACCAAAGCAAUACUUACUCUGACGACGGAGCAUUCGAAGCCGACUGGCUGAUGAUCAAUGUAUCCAGUUUGCCUCAGUGGGCGGAGCCUAUUCGAUCGAUUUCACUGCGAACAGGAAGUGCGAGAGGAAGGAAUGGGGUUAUUUUUCUUGGAGAUUAAACGGUGUAGGAAUGUAAACGUCUUCAGCUCGGUGUAAACCUGCUCUUGAGAUCACUUCGUUAAAGACUUUCCAAAGUCUUCCUCUCCCGGACGACGACCUAGCUCUAAAUUAUUUGCGUACCGAUGUAUAUUUUCUACGUGAUUUCUUAAAUCGUAAAAACAUCCGCGCUCCUUUUUCUAAUUGUGUCCCGUUGCUGCAACGAGAUGUCGGUUUGAUUUCAGGUUUUGGUUCUCCAACACGAGACCUGUGUGAUUCACACGUCGCUGUAUGUGUUGUUUUUGACAGAAGAGAAUCUAGUGCCUUUUUUGUAUUUCAAUAUUAAAUAUAGCAUCUAAUAAAAAUGCUUUGCUUUCA